CUUGAGCAUCAUAUUCUUCUCUGUUUAAGCUUCUCUCCGUUAUAAGAGAUAACAAACAAAGAGUUAUUUGAAGGCAUAAAUCAACACAUGACUAAGCCCAUUUCACUGUGAAUUGGAGCAAUGACUCGAUUCGACAGGAUUCAAAGAUACGGUGACGUUAAUCCCAGAAGUUCUAACAGCUCCACAUUUGAACCCUUUUUUCCCUGGUAUUUUCUUUCAUUAAUUGCAUUAAUAAACAGUUAAAUUCAUCGUUUUAUAUAUCUCAGUUUAAUCUUGCAGCAUAACUGUUAGAGUUUGUCAGGGAACUCAGAAAAAAGUUAAUAAUUUGUUGAACUAAUGGUCAUUUGAGAGCCAUGAAAAUUCAUGCAUUCAUCACAAUUCCCAUGAAUCUAACCAUGUUUAGAUGCAAAGGAGGUGAAGUUUCAAAGUGGUCACCUACAUUUGGGAAGGACCAUCACCCUCAUGCAGAUCAAGAAGAUCCAGACCACAAUUCCAACAAUCCCAAGAAAUCAGUUCUGACCAUAGUGAAGGAGAAAGCCAACAAAUUGAGACAAACUUUUAGCCAGAAAAAGCAUAGUCAUGAUCAUUAUGUUAGCACCACUCCCUCUUGUGGCUUCAGCUUGGAGGACAAUGAAAAUGAAGAAGAAGAUGCAGAACACCACCUUGAAUCCCCAAAGUAUGUAUCGAAGCUGGCUACUGACUGGUACAAGAAAACCACAAGGCAGCAUCCAAGAGCAGUUCUCUUUGUUUCUUAGAAGCAUGUUUUGGCAAGCAGUGUCAAUCUUGGUACUCCACAAAGCAGAAAUGCUACCAAUGGCG